AAUGUAAAAGAUUACCAAUUGUUGAAAGUAAAUUUGGCAGCAUUUAUUGGGCAUCCUUCUGCUUCUCUGAAUUCUGCAUCUCCUUUGCGUCGCACCCGUCGAGCGAACCCCCCUUCGGUGGUAUGAGAUGCACAGCGCGCAGGGGCCAUUCUGCCUGGCUGAAUAAAACCUACGCAUAUAAUUACCCCUCUGGGUGGGAAACAAUUCUGUAAAAUCCAGCUUCGGAAAAUAGCUGACCCUUCGGAUCCGCGACUUUUAGAAGGGGACAUACUGCUUGGAAGCGAAUCAGGGAGGGUCUCCACAGUAGAAGGAGGAUUCGAAGAGAGGGAAUCGUUGGGAAGAUGCAUCUAGUGGAAGGGCGCGUCUGUCGUGAAGGCACAUCUGUGAAGUGGCACCCCUGGCGUGAAGAUACAUCUAGUGGAAGGACGCCCCUGGCGUAAAGGCACAUCUGCUAAAGGGAAGAGCCCCAGUUCAAACGGCACCUACCAAACGGAGCUCAGGACGAGAAAGAAAGUGCCUCUAAAAGGGUUGCAUCUGCAUUAAAGGUGCACCUUAAAAAGGGCCCCUUUACAUGCGAACCGCAUCGGUAAACGGCCCGCCCACAACGCCAGCAGGAGGAAACCGCGAAAUGGUCGAGUGCAGACGAAUAUGCGCGAACCACGGUGUGAAGGCAGUGUGCAUAAUCGAUAGAGAACUCCUGUGCGUCUCCUUUGGGAAUACAAUAAAAAUAAUAAACGUAACAACUGUAGAUGUGCUCCUACAAUGUGCAGCCUCAACCAGCAGCAACAUCUACGGACUGACCUUCCAAAGGAGGUCCAAAAAUGGUGGCAUAUUAAUCGCCCAUGGGGUGCAUAAAAUUUAUUGCUACAUUUUAAAUAUCUCUCCAGAUGGUAAGUCCUGCUCUCUAAAACUUGUUACUAAGUAUUGCACCAACAAAUGGAUACUACGGGCAAAGUUUUUGCUCCCAAUUUAUGAAAGCAUCGGUGAGAGAUACUACGAAGCGAAUGUGAAAGGAACGAGUGCCCCGACGGAUAACCGCAAUGUGGUUCUCCUCUGCCUAAGCAAUGGUAGCAUCGUACUACUGCACAUUUACAGAGGGAUCAGCUCGAGGAAAUAUAAGUUCAGAGGAAUACACCUCCUAUACAGUGCAGACAUUUCCAUUAAUGAGAAAAAAAAAGUGUACCAAAUUGAGGUAGCUGGGGGAACCCCUUUCAACAAAAUAUUAUUAUGGAAUUUCAAAUUGAGCAAAAAUAAAAAAAUUGUAAAAUUUUGCCUUCCCAAAAAAAUCACGCCCUUAGAACAUACUCAAGAAUUAUCUGGGCACAGAGGAAUCAUUUUUAAGGUCAAGUUUUUUGCAAAGCGGAAAUAUGUUGGCUCCGUCUCGGAUGACAGAGAGGGGCGCAUAUGGAGACGGAUGUGUGUAGAAGUGCAAAAGGAACCCCCCAUUAUGAACUCACAAAGAGGCAGCGAGUUGAUCGAGCGAAAAAGCGGCCACGCUCACGCCCACCACCACUGCCGCAACCACCACCGCUACCGCUACCGUUACCACUGCGUUAGGGUACUCACUGGGCACGACGCCCGCAUUUGGGACAUCGACAUGGGGGUGCUCAACAAGCGGAUUUACUUCAUGACGUGCAGCGAAGACUCCACUUGCAUCGUCUACGAAAAAGGGAAGCCCCAGAAUCACUUCCAAUUCGUCAACAAUGAUGGAAGCACCGUCAGAUGCAUCUGCUUCCACGCACCUUUGGGGGUGAUCAUUUCGGGGAGUGACAAUGGCACUGUGCAUGUCAGGUCCCUGUCGGGGGGGGUUAGCAACAAUGGUGCCGCUACUGCUUCGAGUGGGGGUCCCCCAAAGGGGUGCACUCAAAAGAGCGCUGCGCAAAUAACGAAUGGCGACAGCGCGUGCAGGGGUGGCCACUCCCAAAGGGACCGCACUGAUGACAUCCACAUGGCUGUCUCCCAAAGGGUGAACCGCACCGGCGAUGAAAUCAUUUCCAACGUUAAUCAGCUGACGUGCAAAAAGGAGAGUAACCCCUGUGACCAGUUACCAAGCGACUCGGGCAAACAGUACACAUAUGCAAAGGACCUGGUGGAGCAAAACGACUCCAUCCAUUUUGUAGUCGACUACCUGGAGGAAAAACUGAAAAGGAGCAACGACUGGAUCCGGUCUGUAAGCCACGUAAAUUUACACGACAUAAUAAUCAGCACCAAUGCAGGACGCAUAUACAUCUUUAAAACGAAAGACACAAAUAAAAUUGAAGUGUUGUUAAUUUAUGAGGAGGAAAAAAAAAACUACUUGUUGACGUGCCUGGCUUUUCACGGCUUGAAUUAUAUAUGCCUCGGAUUUAGCAACGGAUUCUGUUGCUUCAUUUUUUUAAAAAAUGAAAAUGCUCCAAAUGAGGUGAUAAAUUCGGGUGAACAGAACAAGGAGCUAACUUAUUUUAAGUGCUUCGACCACCGCAUCAGUGAGAUGUGUUUGGUCCCCCUGGCAGGUGUGAAUUACGACAUGUUGAUUUCCCCUGGGGGGUAUGACAAUGUAGAAAACGUUUUGCACGCUUGGGUGAAGAAGGAGGUGGAGGGGGGGGGAGCCUCCGAUGGGAGCUGCAGUAGAAGCCGAUACAACACUGAUGACCCCCACGCAACGGGCAGCUUCUACCAAAUUGUGUAUAACCACGAGGUGGACUCGCACCAACACAGAGGAGCAAUCCCACACAACGCGCAGAGCGAAAGCAGCGUGGCACCCGUCCGUGCGUUACUCCUAGCCGUUUUUGACCACACGGGGGCAGUUCAAAUGUUCAGCGUGCAGAAGGCUGGGCACAAAGGCGAAGUUAACAAAGACGAAGUUAACAAAGGCGAAGUUAACGAAGUCGCGCGGACAGACAUCGACGUGAAGAAUAAGAAAUCCAAAAUAAUCUCGGUGAACUACCUCAUGAAGCAAAAAAGGAACAAAAUGGGCAUCAUAUUUCUCGUGGGCGACGAAUAUGGGUGUAUCUUCAUCAUCUAUGUGAAGAUACCCAUUGAGCAAAAUUCAGGGGGGCUGUUUUACCACUUUACUAAUUCCCUUAUCAAAUCGAAGCAUAAAUUACGUGUGCAUAGCAACAGAAAAGUGUUUGACAUUAAGAUAAUCGAUGGGUUUGUUUACUCCUCUGGGCAGAAUGGGCAAAUCGUCAAGCACCAGCUGUAUAAGGAUGGAAGCGGCGUGUAUACCCUCUACAAGCUGUGCUUAAUCAAAGUGGGUUUUUACACCUCCAUUUAUAAGUUGCUGCCCAUGUCCGUUGGCAGGGAGGGGGCUCCACAUGGGGGUGAAGAAGUGGGACAGGAUGAAGAAGCUGAUCACGCGGGAAACGUAAAAUGCAAACCCCAUGGACACUCCCUACCACGCGCCAACGCCACCCUGCAGAGCUGCACUGCGCCCACGCACAGUGAAGAGGAAAACACGCAGAACAUGUUCAUCUGCUGCUUUAAGGAAAAACAGUUCGUCCUGUACGAUUUGCGAAACAAAGUGGAAUACCUGUCCGUGGACUGCGGUGGUUUCAGACGCCCCCUCAGCAUCUUCACGAAAUCUUCCCCAGGUUUGAUGAAAGCAUUUUCCUUCUGCUUUUGCAAAGAGAAGAAUGUCCAUUUUAGUGUAAAACAGUUGUGUAGCAGUCAGCAGAGGGCCACCGUGCCGUACGAGCAGAUAUACAUCAACGCGGGGUUCCACUCCAAAAAUGUUUCCUGCGUUCUGUGGGUAAAUAAAAGGUAUUUAUGCACAUGUUCUGAGGAUGGAACGAUAAAGGUUGUUCAGGUGAAGAAGUACUGUGCGGCGAAAUGGAAAAGGAAGUGUUCCUUAAAGGGGGGAGCAAACACCAAUUGGGGGAACAACACAGGUGGCAAAUCGAAAGGAGCGCUCGGCACUCCCCCCAAGGAGGACAAACAGGACGGUAGACCAUCUAGCAGGAUAAUUGACGGCAGGGAUUUUUCACCCGGGAAAAAGUAUUACUCCCCCUUCACCGGUGCAUCACUGAAAAGGACACAUACAAAUGCACCCCCCAGGAAAAGCCCGAUUAACCUCCUAAAUCACCGAAUGGACAUCAUCCAAAAUGUGUACAACCACAGUGAGCCCAUAUUCUACACGUGCUUCUUGGAGAGCCCCUUUCACCAUUUUAAAAAAUUAAAACUGCUAACCAGCGUUGGAGCGAAAAACUCGAUCAACAUUUUUUACCUAUUUAUGGAUGCUCAAAAUGUGCCAAUAAUUUAUCAUGUAGAAAAGGUACGAGGUAGGAAGUUCUCCAGCGAUUUGCGCUUCCUCUCUGUGCAGGGGAGGUACCGUGUGUUAACCACCGACGGAAAUAAACACCUCAUUAGGGUGGAUCUAUUCGUUGGCACAUCACUUGGGCUUAUACUUCACUACGCAGGCGAAUAUGAAUUUGCUCAUUAUGAGAAUAUUAUUUUUUCCAAAGUUGUGCAGCUGGCCCAUUUGGUAUGCUCAUACAAUUUGGGUAGCACCAUUUUGGCUUUAAAUUUAACGGACGUUUUUUUGAGUGAUUUUUCGGCAUACAGUGGGAUGCACGAUGGAAGUGAUCCACUACCAAGUUGCCUUUCCCAAAAAAGGGUUUCACUUGGCAACGCUGCAGCUAGGGAGACGAUUGACGGGGAAGAAGCGGAAAAUUGUGAAGGUGCAACUGCCCCCCCGAGUAACAACGUGGAAGAGGAACCACAGCGAGUAAGCCGCGGCCCUCCGAAUGAGCAGCUUUUCCAAAGCAAACGGAAGGGGAGUAAAACAUUCCGGGGGAGUAUCCUCUGCUGCGGGUUAAACAACGGAGAGGUUCACUUCUACCAUUUUGGCAAACAGCUAGUGCCGCUGCUGGAGAAGGUGCAGCUGCAUCAGAAUGGAAUAAACAAAAUAUGCGUUAAGAGGAAGAAGGACACGUUAGAGGUAUUCACCUGCGGGGAUGAUCAGUCCUUAAAUGUGCUCACUGUGAAAAUUUGUCUCCCCGAAGAAGCUGUGCUAAAUGGAGAGCCUAACCGUAUACACCUGUCAGUUGUACAAAGGAGCAGUUUUACCAACGCGCAUUUAUCCUCCAUCAGAUCCUUGGCCCUCUUCUCCCAUUUCGUGGCAAGCGUCUCCUGGGAUCAGUACAUCUCCAUUUGGAGCGUGACAAGGGACAAGAAUGAAAAUGUUUUCUUAAAAAGGGAAAAGAAAAUCAAAAUGGCUGUCUAUGACGUUUCGUGCUUAAAUGUGUAUGUAAUUAGGAAAAAGCCAAUCCCCAAAAGGGAAUCACCAAAUGGGGAACCUCCUCCCCAUUGUCUACCAAUUGGCAGAGUGAAGAAGGGGUCAAAACGUUCGUCCGUCCCCCCUGGAGCCUCUCGCAAUAGGGUGUAUUUAACCGUGGCUGGGUCGAACGGAAGCUUGGAAUUAUUCUGCCUGAAUGUCGCCGCAUAGUUGUGGUGUGGGCUAAUACUUCCCACCGUGUUCGCUACGAAAUUGCUGGCGUUUCGUAGUGGUCACCUCUCACGUGGCAAUUUUUCACCCAUCGUGUGCGCUCCUCUUACCUGCCUAGUUUUUUUUUUUUUUUUUUUUUCGUUCUACAGUUUUUCAUUUUUAACCUGAACACACAUGUUAGCAAACACUACCCAGGGCGAAAGAGAGCCGCCUCCUUUUUUUUUUUUUU